AUGGAAUCGCUCACAACCCACCCUUCGACCGCACAGCAGGCGAAGGCGUUCACUUCCCCGGCGUCGCUCUCGUUUCCGGGAGGCGCUGGGGAUCUGACCCCGCCUUCCUCUGAAAAAGAGGGAAACGGUCAAGGCGUGAACGGCCAGCAGCAGGGAGGGAAUGCCGGUGCUGUAGGCAACGGGGUGACGCCCGCAACUCCAGCUGCGACUCCUGGUGCCAACACUCCGGGGAGCGGCAUUGUGCCUACGUUGCAACUGUUUUCAAGAAACAUUGUCGCAACCGUCAACCUGGACUGUCGCCUGGAUCUGAAGACCAUUGCUCUCCACGCCAGAAACGCGGAGUAUAAUCCAAAGCGUUUUGCUGCCGUGAUCAUGCGUAUCCGGGAGCCUAAGACUACGGCGCUGAUCUUCGCAUCCGGCAAGAUGGUCGUUACCGGUGCCAAGUCUGAGGAUGACUCCAAGCUGGCGUCGAGAAAGUACGCUCGGAUCAUCCAGAAGCUCGGCUUCAACGCCAAGUUCACGGACUUCAAGAUCCAGAACAUCGUGGGCUCUUGUGAUAUCAAGUUCCCCAUCCGUCUGGAGGGUCUCGCCAGCCGUCACCACAACUUCAGUUCUUACGAGCCGGAGUUGUUCCCUGGUCUCAUCUACCGCAUGAUGAAGCCCAAGAUUGUCCUCUUGAUCUUCGUCAGUGGCAAGAUAGUCCUCACUGGUGCCAAAGUCCGUGAAGAGAUCUACCAGGCGUUCGAGUUGAUAUACCCCGUGCUCUCUGGUAAGGUGACCCAGUAUACUGGGUUGUUCGAGGGCAAGAUGGCUAACAUUGCGUUCAAGAUUUCCGCAAGGUCUAAACAUCACAGGUCUAACGUGGAGGUCCACCACCUGUGGUGA